AAUAAGAAAAAAGAAAGGAGAAGGGAAAGAAAGAAAGAAAGAAACCAUGGCCCCCGUCGGAUUGCCUCCUGGCUUUAGAUUCCAUCCGACCGACGAAGAGCUCGUCAAUUAUUAUCUCAAGAGGAAAAUUAAUGGCCAGGAAAUUGAACUUGACAUCAUUCCUGAGGUUGAUCUCUACAAAUGUGAACCCUGGGAGUUAGCAGAAAAAUCAUUUCUUCCGAGUAGAGACCCUGAGUGGUACUUUUUUGGACCAAGGGACAGAAAAUAUCCAAAUGGAUUCAGAACAAAUAGAGCAACAAGAGCAGGAUACUGGAAGUCCACAGGAAAAGACAGAAGGGUAACCUUUCAGAGCAGAGCCAUUGGAAUGAAGAAGACAUUAGUGUACUACAGAGGCAGAGCUCCUCAAGGGAUUAGGACUGAUUGGGUAAUGCACGAGUAUCGCCUCGAUGAUAAGGAAUGCGAGGACACUUCUGGAAUUCAGGUAGACUCUUAUGCAUUAUGUCGAGUAUUCAAGAAGAAUGGAACAUGCAAUGAAAUGGAAGAUCAGCAAGGCCAAUGUAGCAGUGUAUCACUAAUGGAUCAGAGCUCAUCACAAGGUGGUUUAAUAAAUCAUGAUUACGAGACAAUGUCACCUGAUGUUCCCAUUCCUUCUUCUUCAUGCGCAGACGAUGAAGAUAAAGAUGAUUCUUGGAUGCAAUUCAUCACAGAUGAUCCAUGGUGUUCUUCUAACCCUCUCAAUAUGCCUUCUACUGAAGAGGUUUCUCAUCACGUGACUUUCACAGACUAAGCUUCUGUGUUCUGUCUGGUUGGUUUUUAUUAUAUUGGUAUUAUUGGUGAAUAACAUAAAGUAUUGGAUUUGUAUUUUCCUUACAAUAAGACCAAAAGAAGAGUCCACAAAAGUUAGUACAAUUCAGUUGAUUAAUUAUAUCCCACGAGAGAAAUUAACUUUUCUCUGCAUUUGGUUUUAUAUUUACUUAAAUUCACCCAAUAUAUGAAUAUUUAGAAGGUUGUUUUAUAGCUAAUUGGAUUUAGUUAAUUACUUUGUCUUGGAUUGGUUGGUGGAUUCCUUAGAGCCAUUUUAUCCAAUGGCUUUAUGGAGUUUUUGUGUUUGACCUUUGGGGGAUUAAUUAAGAAGUUUU